AUUAAUCCAAUCUAGGUUGGUGUAAAUCCGCUCUGGUCGAAUACACUAAUUAUAUUGGCUGACCGUUGAAGUUGUGUGGUUCCUACACCUUACACUUAAAAAAAGGACAGUAUUUAAGCUGAUUUAAGCACGGUACUACGUCAUAAAGAUCACUCUCGUGAUGACGCUGAUGACAGUCUAAAAUAGUCUAAACCUUUUAAUAAGAGUGCCACGAUAUAUGUAAUUUGUACGCUGUCUUAGGGUUAGAAAAUUUCAGUCAUGGCAUACCCGAGCGCGAUGUACGGCUCUACUGAUCCAGGAUCAGAAAUAAAUCCAGAAGUACAACGAUGGUUCUCCACAGUGGACAGGGAUGGAAGUGGACGAAUAACUGCUACAGAAUUGAAGCCUGCAUUGGCCAACGGUCAAGGAGGUACUUUCUCUGACACAGCGUGCAAAUUAAUGAUCGGCAUGUUUGACAAAGAAAAUGAUGGUACUAUAAACAUCACGGAAUUUCAAGCUCUUUACAAUUACAUAAAUGCUUGGCUCGGUGUAUUUCGUGGCUUUGACCAUGACAAUUCGGGUAGUAUACAAGAGAGUGAAUUAAGCGCAGCUCUAACACAAAUGGGCUACAAGCUUAGUCCAGAAUUUAUUAAAUUCCUCAUAAAAAAGAGCGAUGUUCGUGAUCAUCAGUCCAUUACCGUUGACCAAUUUAUAGUAUUGUGUGUUCAAAUACAGAGGUUUACAGAGGCAUUUAGGACAAGAGAUAUGCAACAAACUGGAUCGAUUACUAUUGGAUUUGAAGACUUUCUAGGAGUAGCUCUUAGUUGCAGCAUAUAACAUCUCCAUAUUUUGAUAAUAUAGUUAAAUUAUUUUUAUAUAUCUAUGUAUGCUGAAAAAAGUUAUUAUUUAGGUUUAGGUAUAAACUCAGGCUAUAAGUUCUAUUUUUCUAUCUUAGGAAAUAAUGUAAAAUGAUGAUUUAUAUGUAUUAGUACUUGGGCUUCUUUAAGAUAUCUAUUUGUACUUGGAAAUUUCUCUUUGUUCUUCGCUUAAGCUUCGCCGCUUUAAUUAAUUUUAACGAUAUUUUUAAAAUAAGAUUAUUAAUAAAUAUAAGAAACGCUAAAAAAUAUGCUUCUUACCGAUUCUGUUGAUGUAACACACAGUACCUCAAAUGACAAUGAAACGGUUUUACAUUCAUAUACGUAAAUAAUAAUACUUAACGAAAUGUUUAAAUAAAAAUGAAUAUCACAUGACAAAAACGCAAGGUACAUUAUAUCGAGCAAUAUCAUAGCUUUUGUAUAUUUACAUAUGAUAAAAGAAAAAUAGUUCAUAAUAUUUUUACCAUUUAAAUGACCUUUAUACUAUCGAAUGUUUACAUCUAAUGUUUAUAUAAUGUUUAUAAUUACUAUCUUUAAGGAUACAGAUGUGAAGCUCUGAAGGGAUGCUUGAAAUAAAUAAGAAUUUUCUUUAUACAGAUA